GUGACGUCAUGACGUCAAAUGCCUGCAUAAAGAGGAGGGAUGGAAUUCCUGUCAUCAUGGCACAUGUUGAUCACUGUAAACAACUGUUAGACAAAUUAAACAAGCAGCGAGAGGCUGGCUUCCUGUGUGAUUGCACUGUCUUUAUCGGCAAGCUCCAGUUUAAGGCACACAGAAAUGUUCUGGCUUCCUUUAGUGAAUAUUUCAAUGCCCUCUUCACGGACGCCUUGGACAAUAUUGUACUGGAUGGGAAACAAGUGACAGCAUCAGUGUUUCAAACACUCCUGGAUUUCAUUUACAGCGGAGAUUUACAGUAUGAGAGAUGCAAUAUAAAGGAAAUCCUCUUGGCUGCAGAACAUCUUAAACUAGAGGAAGUUGUAUCACUAUGCAAAAUCAGAAUGGAAUCUGGAGGAAUGGUCAGACUCGGGAUGCCUGAGGUGCCCCUUACGGCAGUUGCUUUGGACUCCAAUCAGCAGUCUUCUCUUAUCCAAUCUGGAGAUGACACAGUCGUGGAGAAACCAGAACCUGCAUGUUUACAGGUAGAAGCUAAGAAAAUGAUUACCAUAAAAAAGACAAACCGAAGCAAAAGAUGGAAAAAAGUUAUUCGUUCUUAUCAAAAAGUCCAGAAAAAAUCUGUGCAGCAUCAGAAUCCAUCUUCAGUAAACCCAUUCGAUCUCCAUGAGGAUACAAAAUCACUUGCAGAAAGCUUAACAGAGCAGGACUCUUUGGAUCAUGGUAGCUGUUUGCUGCAGCUUACGUCAGCACUGGAAUGUGAGACUUAUUUACCCCAAGAUAUUGCAAUACAACCUGCACAUGGAAAACAGAAAGCUGUAAAAGCACAGCAGAGUUGUGCUUUAAAAGAACACCGGAUAGCUAAUCUUGCAAGUGUGAGGAACAUGUGCAAGAUGGAAAGCCUGGAGAAAGACUUAAAUCAGACAUACAGCAAGAAUAAACCUGCGUGUAAUACCUGUGGUAAGGUAUUCUCUGAAGCCAGCAGUCUAAGACGACACAUGCGAAUCCAUAAAGGUGUUAAACCUUAUGUGUGUCAGUUGUGUGGCAAAGCAUUCACUCAGUGUAACCAAUUGAAAACACAUGUACGGACUCAUACAGGAGAAAAGCCAUAUCAGUGCAAGCUCUGUGAUAAAGGCUUUGCACAGAAAUGCCAAUUGGUUUUUCAUAGUCGAAUGCAUCAUGGAGAAGAGAAACCAUAUAAAUGUGAUGCGUGCAAUUUACAGUUUGCAACCUCUAGCAACCUAAAGAUCCAUUCAAGGAAGCACAGUGGAGAAAAGCCAUACGUCUGUGAUAGAUGUGGCCAGAGAUUUGCUCAGGCCAGCACGCUGACUUAUCAUGUUCGUCGGCACACAGGAGAAAAGCCGUAUGUUUGUGACACAUGUGGGAAAGCGUUCGCUGUCUCAAGUUCUCUUAUAACUCACGCAAGAAAGCACACAGGUGAGAAACCGUAUAUAUGUGGAGUUUGUGGAAAGAGCUUCAUUUCCUCUGGAGAACUUAACAAACACUUCCGAUCUCACACAGGAGAAAGACCAUUUGUCUGUGAAUUAUGUGGGAAUUCAUAUACUGAUGUCAAAAAUUUGAAGAAGCACAAGUUAAAACUGCACAGUGAAAGUGAGGAAACCAUGGAAACCGACGCUUUGGACAGCACAUUUAAUAGUGAGGAUCUCACAAAGAAAAGCCCAGUGGAAGACAGCAUGGAUCUGAAGCCAUCAGAACUGUUCCUGCCACUUACUCUUCACAUUGGUCCUGAAGACCAUCAGAUGUUGCUUCCUGUGUCAGAUAGUCAAAGUUUGACUUCAGAGAAUAUGCUGAGGACCUCAACAAACAAUUACUCAGAGCCACAAUACAUUUACUUACAGCAGAUGUACUAACACAAAAUGUAGUGUCCUAUGUUGAGUGUAGGCCAGCUUCAGCAUUCCAGAUGUUGAGGACUUCCAUAGUGCUCUUACAGCCAUAUAAUGAUAGCAAAGCCUCAAGGGAGAUGUAGUCCACAUCUGGAGUGCCAAAGGUUGCCUAACACUGCCCUAGAUGUCAAUAAAAAGAAUAGUUUAAUAUCAGUUAUAGUGUAAAAGGUUUUACCUACAAAACUAAGACUUUAUGCAGAAUUUAAAUAAAGUUUACAUGCACGGUAUUACCAGAUUAUUAUAUGUGUGCCAGCAUUGCAACAUACUAAAGGUAUAUUGGCUAGAAUGUCCUAUU